AUGUUACUCACGUUGACACGUAAAAAAGAAUUUGAUAUAAUGGCCAUUAAUUUUCCCCGAGCAACACUUAAAAAAAUUAUUAAAUUUCAUUACAAUAAAGCACUAAGCAAGAAUGUUGACGUUAUGCUUUGUCUCGAAUGUAUUUUAUUCCUUCAACGCUUAGCCAAAGAAGCUAACGAGGAAGCAGGCGAUGGCAACGCAAUCGAACGGAGACACAUUGAAACUGUUUUAGAGAAAGUGCUGCAGGAGUUCCAAGGAUGA